CCUAUGGUCACAAUCUAGACUUGCUCAAUCUGGGAUUAGUUUUCCGGAUAUGUCCCUCGUACCUACUACAUACACAGUACUCCUGGUCUCGAAAUCGGUAUGUUUUCAUCUCCUCGCACCUAAUGGAUAGGAGCUGGUUCACUCUUCCCUAUGUGUGAGAUAACAUGACUCCCUUGGAGCUGUGUAUCAAUGGCGAGAGACGCGGUAUUAGGUUUUAUGAUAUAUACUAUCGUCUGUCUUCAGCAUGUGUCUUUCAGUCAGGUUUGUGAUACACAGACAUUGGAACUACAAGUGAAGAAGGAACACAGAGAACUUGAAUUCCCAGGAUACCAGAAUGCGUCUAUAUACGCUGACCACUGCCAGUGGCGACUGACCACGGAGGAUCAGGACUAUACUAUAGAGGUGACAAUGCAGUCAGUUUUCAUCAGCAAUAAACGCAACUGCUCCAUGUCAAGUCUCAGUCUAUAUGACGGAUACGGUCCCACAGAUUACCUUCUUCGACAGGAGUGCAGCAACAGGACAGAAAGGAUGGUUGUCAAUAGUUCAAACGAGUACGUGUACAUCGUCUGGUUGCUGCCAGCAGGAUUGACGUCAUCCAACACAUUUACACUGACAUACGCCGCUCUGGAGAACGAGGGUAAGACGCACACAUUUACGAAAACAAGUCUAGCUGGUGUGAUCGCCGGAGUUAUCCUGUUCGUGGUCUUCACAUUAUCAAUCGUCGGGGCUAUCAUAUGUUGUUUUAGAAACAGAUCACAGAUGCAGAGAAGAAAUCUACGACUGCACGAUAGUUACAUAAAUGAUAGUUAAAAGACAUAAUAUCGUAUGUAUUAUUUCCCCUUAAUUACUUGGUAUUAUUAAUAUUUCAAUUUUGCGUUCUUAACAAUUAGACCAUAACUUACGUUUUUCAUUGUAUAAACAUGUUUGCUAAAAUAAAAGUAUAUUGAUGUCCGUUAAAGCCAAUAUUUUUCGGCAUAGCCGUAUAAUAUUCUUUUUGCCCCGGAUAUGACGCGACAGGCGGCGUUACUGGUCAAGAUGAAAUAUGUGAUUGGUCAAUAUGCAGUAAAAUCCGUAACAAAGUUAAGAUUGAAUGCAACUGAAUAAGUGGAUGUAUCUUUUCAAAUAACACAUUGAUAAAAUUAUAUUAUUGAUUCAAAUGCUGUCUUAUUAUCACCAAAAAUGAUUCAAACGAAUAUAAUUUUGUUAUCUGUGCUGAAAUGUAUUAGUUCGUUGAUUUAUUUCACCAGCAGUUUUACAUUAUUUUAACCACCAAAAUUAAAACUAUGCCGUUUAUAUUCUUUAAAGAUAUUUCUUGUUGUGUUUUAUCCUCGUUUUAUGGAUUUAGAGUUAGAAUUCCGUGGACUUGGAUACAUCAACAUUCUUUGUUGAUUAUGUAUAUUAUGCAUUUUGGUAGAUACUCUUGGUUUCCUGUGCUGUAUCUUCAACAAAGAAAGGCUGCAAUCUAUGCGCUUACUCACAAAAUAUCAUUCCCCUGUAACAAUACAUUCUCUGUCUCAUGGAGGUUCGAUUAAUUGUCUGGUGAUUAUUGAAGCAUUGAACAAGAUAAUCAAUUGAUCUAUUGGUGUGUGGAUCGAUAUGCGCUGAGAAUUAAUCUUAAACAGGUUUACGUCGAGUUUAUCAUCAAUCCUGAACUCACUUAUAUUCAUGAAGUGUAAAGGUAAAGUUAAAUUUCGAUUUGAAAUAGUUUUUCAUCACUGGAUAAAUGACUUUUAGGUUAA